UAUUACGACUAAUAAUCCGAAUACACAUACAUCUCGUAAUCCUUACAAUACCGAUCAUUAUUGUGGAGGGUCAAGUGGAGGUAGUGCAUGUGUUGUUGCCAGUGGUUUGUGCCCAAUUGCUAUAGGUUGUGAUGGUGGUGGUUCUAUUAGAAUACCAUCUUCUUUUUGUGGGAACUAUGGAAUAAAGCCGACAUGUGGAAGGAUUUCUUCAGUAGGAGAAUUUGCGCUUGGUAGUUCUGUAGCUGUUGCGGGUCCUAUGGCUGCUUGCGUUGAUGAUUUAGCGUUAUCUUAUUAUGUUAUAGCCGGCAAGGAUCCUGAGGAUCCAAAAACUUUACACCAACCACCACCCACACUCCAUGGUCUUUAUCUUACUGAUAAUUUGUCUGAUCUAAAGAUUGGUUUAUUCUCUGCAUGGAAUAAACAAGUGAGCAACCCUGCUAUUACUGCUGCUCUUAAUGCAUUUAUUGAUGAAUUCAAAAAUCGCGGCGUCGAAUUUAUUGAGAUCGAAAUUCCGGAGUUAGAAGAUGCGCGAAUAGCUCAUUUGAUUUCGAUUGGAUCCGAACACUGCUCUGUUGUUGAUGGUUUCAAAAAACAGGCACACUUAUUGAAUCUACCUAAUAGAGCGACUAUUGCCACACUACGUAACGCAAAUGCUAUUGAUUACAUUAAAGCACAACAAGUUCGUACGCGUAUGAUGCGUAAUAUGUCUGGUGUAUUCUCUGAUGUUAAUCUUAUUUUAACACCUACUUGUGCCAUAACUGCUCCUCCAAUCUAUCAACGAGCUUUAAAGUAUGGUGAAAUUAAUACUUCUGUUACUGCCGAUGGAAUUAGAUUUGUUCAAGUUGCCAAUCUUACUGGUAUUCCCGCCAUUACUGUACCAGCUGGUUAUGAUGAUAAGAACCUGCCCAUCGGAUUACAGUUUAUGGCAAAAUGGUAUGAUGAAGCAACAUUACUAAGAGUUGCAAAAGUCUCGGAGGAAAUACUUGGAAAUAAAAGACAAAGACCUACUGAAAAAUAUUGGCUUGGAGAUGUAUUGUGA